UGUAGGCUAAACGCUUGAAACCACCUUCUGAUAUGUGGGCAGGUGAUGAGGUCACAUUUCAGUCUUUCACCAUGUUUGUGCUUCGUUUUAUAACAUGAAUGGAUUUUUUGCUUCCUGAGUUUUAAUUUAGAGCAACGUUUGGAGUGCGUUAAAUGAAUCGGUCAGAUGUGCGAAGUGGAUCAGGAAUAAUGAUGAUAAAUUGUUAGAGAAGCCAGAUAACGAACAGAUGUCCUGGCGUGAGUUUCACUCUCCGUCUUGUCAAACUCUUACCCACGACUUUCCCUCUCAGGUGGCCACGGGUUGAAAUCUGACACGUCCCCGAUGAGGCGCCAGGAGGAGGAGGAAGACGACCUGCUGGAGGAGGAAGUGGGCGUGGCCAGGCCUGUGCAGAUCGUGGUGGCGGACGAGGAGGAGCACUCGUUCUCGCUGCAGGAGGAGGCGCUGGAGCGGCUGCUGCUGCAGGAGGAGGUGCGGGACCUCCACGUGGUCGUCGUCUCCGUGGCCGGGGCUUUCCGGAAGGGCAAGUCGUUCCUGCUGGACUUCAUGCUGCGCUUCAUGUACAAACAGGCGUCUGGUUCGUGGGUCGGCAGCGAGGAGGAGCCUCUCACCGGCUUCAACUGGCGGGGCGGCUGCGAGCGUGAGACCACGGGCAUCCUGGCCUGGAGCGAGGUGUUCGUGGUGGAGAAACCCGGCCGCAAGGUUGCAGUUCUUCUAAUGGACACACAGGGGGCGUUUGACAGCCAGUCGACCAUCAAAGACUGUGCCACGCUGUUCGCCCUGAGCACCAUGACCAGCUCAGUCCAGGUGUACAACCUGUCCCAGAACGUCCAGGAGGACGACCUCCAGCACCUGCAGCUGUUCACGGAGUACGGGCGGCUGGCCAUGGAGGAGGUCUACGAGAAACCCUUUCAGACUCUGAUGUUCCUGAUCAGAGACUGGAGUUACCCCUACGAGCACCCGUACGGUCUGGAGGGAGGGCGGAGCUUCCUGGAGAAACGGCUGCAGGUGAAGCAGAACCAACACGAGGAGCUGCAGAACGUCAGGAAACACAUCCACUCCUGCUUCUCCAACAUCGGCUGCUUCCUGCUGCCUCACCCCGGCCUCAAGGUGGCCACCAACCCUCACUUCGACGGCCGGCUCCGAGAUAUCGAUGAGGAUUUUAAGAAGGAGCUGGUGAACCUCGUCCCGACGCUGCUCUCCCCAGAGAACCUGGUGGAAAAAGAGAUCGGCGGAGUCAAAAUCACCUGCAGAGACCUGCUGCACUACUUCAAGGCUUACAUGAAGAUCUACCAGGGAGAAGAGCUUCCUCACCCCAAGUCCAUGCUGCAGGCAACAGCUGAAGCCAACAACCUUGCAGCUGUAGCAGGAGCCAAAGACUUGUACAACAAAAGCAUGGAGCAGGUCUGCGGCGGCGACAAACCCUACAUUUCCCCGACGGAGCUGGAGCGGCGCCACGCAGAGCUGCGGCAGGCGUCGGUGAAGCAGUUCCGCUCCGUCAAGAAGAUGGGCGGCGAGGAUUUCUGCCGGCGCUACCAGGAGCAGCUGGAGGCGGAGCUCGACGAGGCCUACGCCAACUUCGGCAAGCACAACGACGGCAAGAACAUCUUCUACGCCGCGCGGACGCCCGCCACGCUGUUCGCGGUCAUGUUCGUCAUGUACGUGGUGUCGCUGGUCACGGGCUUCGUGGGCAUCAACUCCGUGGCCACGCUGUGUAACCUGGUGAUGGGCGUGGCUCUGACGGCGCUCUGCAUCUGGGCUUACGCCAAAUACUCCGGGGAGUUCCGCGAGGUCGGAGGAGUCAUCGACCAGGUGGCCGAAACCCUCUGGGAACAGAGGACUCCACGGAAGGUGAGGACAAAUUCAGCUAAUUACCUGUUUGUUGCGGAUGUGUCCGUAUAUAAAACCUCAGACUCUGGAUCAGUUAACUGGAUCGUUUCCACCUGGUAUGAAAAUUAUGGAUGCACCGAUCCGAAACUGUAAAUCUGUCAGACACCUGUGACGGCCUGACCUUUUCUCAGUCCCUCCUUGCACUCGUAUCGGUUCAGUAGUCAAGUCCCGUCAGUGCAUCCCUAAUGAAAAUGUCAUCGUCUCCUCUCACUCCUCCACCUGACCGCCUCUUCUUCCUC